AUGUGGACCGGGUAUAGGAUCUUAAUCUUCUCUUAUCUUCUUACAGAAAUUUGGAUGGAGAAACAGUACGUAUCUCAAAGACAAGUGGACCCGGGAGCAGAUUUCACAAGGAAUCACACCGUUUUGGAAGGUACUCGAUUCAAAAGAGCCAUUUUCAAAGGGCAGUACUGUAGAAGUUUUGGUUGUUGUGAAGACAGAGAUGAUGACUGUGUCACUCAGUUCUAUGAGGCGAAUGCACUGUGUUACUGUGAUAAAUUCUGUGAAAGGGACAUUUCUGAUUGCUGUCCUGAUUACAAGUCAUUUUGCCAUGAAGAAAAAGAAUGGCCUCCUCACACAAAGCCUUGGUAUCCAGAAGGUUGCCUCAGAGAUGGUCGACAUUAUGAAGAAGGAUCAGUAAUUAAAGAAAACUGCAACUCCUGCACAUGUUCAGGACAGCAAUGGAAGUGUUCCCAGCAUGUAUGCCUCAUUGAACCAGAAUUAAUUGAACAUGUCAAUAAUGGAGACUAUGGAUGGACAGCCCAGAACUACAGUCAAUUCUGGGGAAUGACUUUAGAAGAAGGUUUCAAAUAUCGUCUUGGCACCUUGCCACCCAGCGCCAAGCUUCUGAGCAUGAAUGAAGUGACAGCUCCUUUACCUGCAAUAACAGAUCUUCCAGAGUUUUUUGUUGCUUCUUACAAAUGGCCUGGAUGGACUCAUGGCCCAUUGGAUCAAAAAAAUUGUGCUGCAUCAUGGGCUUUUUCCACUGCAAGUGUGGCUGCUGAUCGGAUAGCAAUUCAGUCUAAGGGUCGAUACACAGCCAAUCUGUCUCCUCAGAAUUUGAUUUCUUGCUGUCCCAAGAAUCGCCAUGGAUGCAACAGUGGAAGCAUCGAUAGGGCUUGGUGGUACCUGAGAAAACGUGGACUGGUAUCCCAUGCAUGCUAUCCACUUUUCAAGGACCAAAAUGCUACCAAUAAUGCCUGUGCCAUGGCAAGUAGGUCUGAUGGGCGGGGAAAACGGCAUGCCACAAAGCCAUGUCCCAACAACAUUGAGAAAUCUAAUAGGAUCUACCAAUGCUCUCCUCCAUACAGAGUCUCUUCUAAUGAAACUGAAAUAAUGAAAGAAAUCAUACACAAUGGACCAGUUCAAGCCAUAAUGCAAGUCCAUGAGGACUUCUUCCAUUAUAAGUCAGGAAUAUAUAGACAUGUGACCAGUACAAAUGAAGAAUCAGAAAAAUAUCGAAAGCUUCGGACACAUGCAAUCAAACUCACUGGAUGGGGCACACUGAGAGGAGCCCAGGGGCGGAAAGAAAAAUUUUGGAUUGCUGCCAAUUCCUGGGGAAAGUCAUGGGGAGAGAACGGCUAUUUCAGGAUUCUUCGAGGAGUAAAUGAGUCUGACAUUGAAAAGUUGAUUAUCGCAGCAUGGGGCCAGCUGACAAGUUCAGAUGAACCAUAA